UAACCCUAAAUAAAUACUAAUUUCUGGAUCUACAAAAUUCAAUCCCCCUCUCUCUGUUUUGGAAUUUUACGGGGCAUGUGUGCGCAACAUAGAAUGGCAACUCCCUGAACCAUAUGUAUUGUUAGCUAUAGGGUGUCCCAGCCUCCCAGGAAACAGAACUUGUAGGUCGUCUUUCAACUUUGAAAAAAUCUGCGACAUUUUUUCGUAAACCUGGUUUCAGAAGAAAAUUUUUAUAAUGAUGAUCUCAAAAUACUCUUCUUUGUGCUUUCAAUGCUACUAGAGAUGCAAAGAAUUUUUUUCAGAUUUCGACAAUUUUGGUGUUAGUUAUCUCCGCUAAUAUUGACAGCACAAAAAAAGGCAGACCACAUUUCGGAAAUGUCAGUACUAGGAGAAUUUUGAGAUUAUUGUUUCAAGAAUCAUACGUGUAAAAGUAGGCUGAUCAUUUAAUGCCGCAAAAAAAUUAAAGAUUAAAGACGACCUUCAUGUUUAGUAUUCAUCCCUUAAAGUUUAUGAAACAUGGAACUUUAAAUAAACAUUGAUUUUUCACUUUUAAAUAUUAAAUAUUAAUAAAUAUCGUUGAGUGUAUCAAAAGAGGUCGCACAUCUUUCCAAAAUUCUUUAAAAAAUUGACAGAUAUGUCUUAUAUUCAGACAAUUUAGAUUUGAUUUAAAAAUUGUGAAAGUACAGAAAUGACAGACUUCAUUUUCGAAAUCCAAAAGUAAAUAUUAAGUUAUAGUUUUUACUAUUAUUAUGUGGUCACUAAAAACCCGCGUGAUUCAAAGUUGAUUUCCAUGUUUUUUAAGACACCCUACCUUCAUGUGAAAAGGGAUUAGAUUUUUAUUGUCAUGGAUUUGUAACAAAAUAAAUAUACGUCAAUAAUAUUAUUUAUUACUUGUAUUCGUAAAAAUCUAAUCAAUAAAGUGUAUAAAAUAAAAAUAACUUCAAAAUAACUUCAAAAAACAAAUAUUGACAACUUGCAUUGAAGAAAUGGGGGUGGGACGGGAAAUUAAUUAAGAAACCGUGGUAUAAUACCGGAAAACAAAGGAAUGAUUGGCGCUUUCUUACUUUCUUUUAUUUGUGUGAAAUAUCGGUGAAAGUUUUAUAAAAAAAAAGGGUCAGAACAGAUUGGAAAAGCAAAACACAUAAACCAUUUAGUUAAUGAGUUUAAGAAAGAAAAGACGACAGUCAGCACACGGUUUUCUGCAUACCACUAAUAACCAUAUUAAUGUUUGUUUAUAUCUAAGAGGUUUGCGGUUGCGCACUGUAGACUAAUGACGCCAGUCGAGAAUUUUAUACUUCUCCCACACUCACACAGUUGUAAUUCUUGGAGCAUGCAAUUUCAUAACAGCUGAUAUAUAUAUAUAUACUCCAGUAUACUGGGUUCAGAACUCGAGGGGAUAUAGACAGUGAUAACCAGAGUGUAGAGUGUAGAGUGUAGAGUGUAGAGUGUAGAGUGUAGAGUGUAGAUUGUAGAGUGUAGAGUGUAGAGUGUAGAGUGUAUAAUGUAAAGGGUAGAGUAUACAGUUGAGUUUUAGUUGUGUUCCAUUAAAUUUUGGAGACAUUUUUUUCAGAGUAAACUUGUAAUCAGAUGGUUGAGACUACACACAUUAACAAUAUUUUGAUCUUCAUCUAGAAAUGAAUCAAAUCAAAAUAAUUAUUCUUCUAAUUUCUUUAGUACUAGCCAGUUCAGUUAUACUGUUUCUUUGCCUCAACCCACUCUGUACAGAGGUUGAGGUAUUCUGUCCAGAUCCUAGUUACAAAUUUAAAACACAGACCUGCUGUUCUGUUGUCUGGUGGAGUCUAGGGGCAGGUUUAGGUGUUGGGAAUGAAUGUGUGAUAAACAUGGAUGAAAUGAGAUCUAAUUGCCCGAUGUACGAUUGCUAUUUUAAGCAGACAGGAGAGUGGAAUUCUAACGGAUGUAGCUAUGUACCGGAAAUGUUAUUAAAUGAGAAUUCUUGUGAUAUUCACGACCUAUGCUACAUCACACCAGGAGCAACAAAAGAUUCCUGUGACACUAGUUUUGUGGAAAAUAUUGGGAGGAUUUACUGUAAUAAUGUACACUUCGUAGAAUACCUGGCUUGCAGAUCCAGGGCUAGCAUUGCAGGCUCAGUGGUGCAAGGGUUUUCAAGUUUCUGGGAUGAAAGUGAAGGAACCAGGAAAAGUUGCAACAUUAUUAAUUCCUGGUUUUCCUUCAAAUAUCUCCUGUUAUCUUCUAUCCUUGCUGUUUUCUCCGUUCUGUUCUGUAGAAACCAGAGCAGAAAAAACAAGAUUUUUUAGAAGAUAAAUCUUAUUCUUUACGUAACAAGAAAUCCGUGAAAACAUUUAUUCAUAUUAUAUCCUCCCUAAUAUUUUAUACAGAUUUUUAAUCAGGAUUAGAUCAAAAACCACUGAUAAUCCUAAUCAUGUUGUGUAAACUAUUUAUCUUCUGAAGUUGUAAUUUCUGUAUGUUUGGAUAUCCCAGCAUAACUAUGAACCCCCAGGGCCUGGACCAAUUUGCCUCACAGUUUUAUUUGAAAACUUGGUAGAACCACAGUAUUUGUAUUGAGUAAAAAAUGGAAGAAAUAAUAAUUAUAAUGUGCUAAAAAUUGAAAAUAUUGUAACAUUUGAAAUUGAAGAUAUACUUUGUUAGUUUAUUAGCUCAAGUGCCCGGCGUGUCGCCUGUGGAACGUUAAAUCACUUUUUAAUAAAAUUUUGAAUUGUGUAGGAAAAAAUCUGCUUUAUAAGCCUAUGAUAUCCCCCGUUAGCGAUGUUAGCUAAUUUGGUAUAGCCGAUAUUUAUAUAUAUAUAUAUGAGCGAAGAGCUUCCUUAUAUAGAUUUAUAUGUUAGGAUCUUUAAGUCUUUAUAAUAUGACAAUCUUUGGCUGUACCAAGGAGAAAUGAAUAGAAGGAGGGGGCGAUUGGGUUUCCGUACACCCUGCUGUGACGUAUUUGGACUGCUGAAGAACUAGUUUUUGCGUAACAACAAUAAUAAAGAUUGUAAACAAUAACACAAAU